UCCAGAUAGCGCCGCGCUCGGGCACUGCCAGAUGCCCGCAUCACCCCAGUACGGUGUGAGUUACCGUUGUCUCCUGCGGCAGAACCAAGUCCUCCUUACAGCGCUGGAGGAGCUGCAGUCCCGCUGUGCCACCCUGAAGAAGGAGAACAGCUUGCUGCACAAGAGCUGCUUCCCAGAGACUCAGGAGAAAGUGAGGCACCUGAAGAGGAAAAAUGCUGAGCUGGCUGUCAUCGCCAAGCGCCUGGAGGAAAGGGCACGGAAGCUCCAGGAAGCCAACCUCAAAGUAGUCAACACCCCGGUUGCGGUGAAGGGCUCCUGUGCGGGACUCUGCAAGAAAGCACUGGCCCGACAGCGGGCUAUGGACCUGCGCGAGCAAGCCAGUGUGCUGCUGGCAAAGGACAAGCAGAUCAACGCCCUGCACCAGGAAUGCCAAGACCUGCAGGCCAAAAUCAUGUCGGGAAAGGAAGCUUCUUCUCCUUGCCUCCCCCUCCUGGACUUCCGCCACCUGCUCCAAGAGUCGCAGAAGGAGGUGCUGCGUCUACAGAGGCAGAUCGCCCUGAAGAAUUUCAAGGCAUCCCUGGGCUCUCACAGCCAGGGGUCAGGGGACACUUCCUUGGCAUCAGUAAUGGGCAUGGGGUCCCCUGCACCAGCCCUGCCAAACGGCUUUUCUCCUUCAAGGGUUUCACGGCAGAGAAAUGUGCUGUCCUCUGCAGUGGAGGCAGUGAAAAAGCCUCCCGAGAGCGGCUCCUCCUCCCCCUCCCUUGGCGGCGAAGUGGUUCAGCCCAGCCGACCAAUCCGCCUGCGGAGGCCGACCCAACGAGGAGCUCUCCGUGGUGCUGAAAUUGGGAGCAGCAGAAUCGGGGCCUUUGCUGCUGCCCCUAGCCCAGAUCAGAGCUUUAGAUUAGAGAAGCGGCAGGGCAACCCCAUUUUUUUCAUGCAGAAGGGCCUGCAGCAGAGGGGCCCCAGAGCCCAUCCUCUGGCACAAGUGAAUGAUGGGUAUGAAACCCUUCCUGUGAAGAAGGGGGUCGCAACCGCUCCCGAGACCAAACGGCAGAUCCAGCAAUUGGAGUCUGAGCUCAGAAGAAAGCGGAAACAAUGUGAAAACCUUGAACAUGAAGUGAGGAAGAAGCACAAGAGAUGUGCAGAGCUCGAAAUCCAACUGCAGGAGGUGCAAAGCAAUAAUGUCCGGCUGUGUGAGGAGAACACUCUGCUUCAUGGGCAAUUGGAGUGGACAGAAAAGGUUGAAUCUGAAAAUGCUGACUUGAAGUUGCAGGUGGCUGUGGUGACCGAGGAACGGGAUUCUGCUCUCCAGAAAACCCAGGAGCUCCAGAACAGGCUGGAGAGUCUCGGGCAGGCGCUGAAGCACAUGAGAGAUGUUGCGGAACGAAGGCAGCAGCUGGAACAGGAGCAUGAGAGGGCCCUGCAGGCCUUGCAGAAGAAACAGGAGGAAGUCAGGCAACUGCAGCAGGCCCAGGCUGAAGCAAGGAAGGAGCACGAAGGAGCCGUCCAGCUCUUGGAGAAUUCCUUGGAUUGCAUGCAGGCCCGCGUGAGAGAGCUGGAGGAUCAGUGCCAUAGCCACACGGAACAGUUCAACUUCCUCUCUCAAGAGCUCAAGCAGUUUCGCCUCCAAACUGAGAAAAUCGGUCUUCCGCCCUCCUCCCAGGUGACAUCCGAGGUCACCUUCACCACUUGCCAGACUUCUCUGCAGCUCCUGGAGGGACUCAAGGAGAAAGAUCCAGAAAUUGCCACCAUCUCUCCCCGGUGCAGCCAGAAAGCUCAAGAUGGAGGGCUGGAAGGAUCUCCUCGCCUUGCCGACCCUGUGGUGCCCACUGUGGUCAGAAGCCCAGAUGCAAAUACCCCUCCGCUUGCCUCGAAGAAAAUGGUCAGGAAACUGGAGUCCCAGUCCAGCUCCUCUAGAUCCGAGUCCAUGCAGAACAGCCCCAAAUCCUGCCCAACCCCUGAGGUGGACACAGCCAGUGAAAUGGAAGAGCUGGAAAUCGACAUGAUCUCAUUAAUCCCAGAACCAGAGAACCAGGGUCCAGUGAAGCUCCGAGUCUUCUUAGCUCGUUACAGCUACAAUCCAUUUGCCGGUCCCAACGAGAACCCCGAAGCAGAACUCCCGCUGACGGCCGGUGAGUACAUUUACGUCUACGGAGAAAUGGACGAAGAUGGCUUCUUUGAAGGGGAGCUGAUGGAUGGGCGGAGAGGCCUGGUCCCCUCCAACUUCGUAGAGCGAGUUUCGGAUGAGGACCUUGUGACGUUCCUGCCUCAGGAGCUCCACGAUCUCUCCCGGAGCUCCCCUCUGGAAAGGAGCUCCCUCAGCACCACCCUCAGCAGUGCGGAAAGGAGCGACUGCUCCACUGAGGAGCUCAGCGCCAGCACAGCACCCUCCAGGCUGGAAGAGGACGAGGGAGCCAUACCCACGGAACGAGCCUCGCUAGUAGUGCCUUACCCCAGGAAGGUGAACCUCAUCAAGCAGUUUGGCAGCAGCCUCUUGGUGGGAUGGGAGCCCCCCCUGCCGACCCCAGGCUCCUCGGAGAUCCAGAGCUACAACCUCUACGUGGAUUCAGAGCUGCGGCAAACCGUGAAGGCCGGAUCGCAGACGAAGGCUGUCGUUGAGAGGCUGGACUUGAAAUCGAGAACCUACCGCCUCUCUGUGCAAAGCGUCUCGGAGGCCGGGAGCUCUGACCGGCUGCGGUGCACUUUCCUUGCCGGGGGCGGGUUUGCCGUGGCCCCCACCCAGCUGAGGGUGCGGAGCAUAGCGGCCACUUCAGCGCAAAUUUCUUGGGUGCCGAGCAACAGCAAUUUCCCACACACCGUGUACCUUAAUGGGAAGGAGCACGAGGCCACCAAGGCGGGAGUGUACUGGUACACCUUCCGGAACUUGAACCCGAGCUCUUCCUACGUGGCCACGGUGGAAGUCCAGCCGCAGCAGCAGGUGCUCGGGGAACCGGCCCCGGAGAAACAGGAUCAGCCGCUUUCCGCAGAGAUCCAGUUCACAACGGCAUCAGCAGGGUCUCCGGAUGCUCCCCUGGAUGUCCGAGUGGAGGCUGGUCCCAGCCCUGGGAUUCUGGUGAUCAGCUGGCUGCCUGUCACCAUCGACGCAGAAGGAUCAUCCAACGGGGUGCGAGUCACCGGCUACGCCGUGUACGCAGAUGGGCAAAAGGUGAUGGAAGUGACCUCUCCGACAGCUGGCAGCGUCCUGGCUGAGAUUUCCCAGCUCCAGAUCCUUCAGGUCUGCCAGGAAGUCUCCGUAAGAACUGUGUCCCUUUACGGCGAGUCAGUGGAUUCGGUGCCGGCUCAGAUCCCCUUGGCUCUGUUGGGAGACGCCGGCUGUUCCUCUCCUUUGGAGUUUGGCCGUCCUGCCGUGCAGCUUCCGGGCAUGGAGGGGCAGAACGUCCUUGCCGCCCAGACCUCCCAGGUAUGCGGGACGGAGGACACUCCUGCAGCCACUGCCUCCGAUUCCUUUGCCAAAUCCACCUCCCAACCUAGCACCAGCAGAAAGAAGUCUGGGAGCGCCUUGCUGGUGGAGACCUCCUCCCUUGGGUCCACCUCUCCCACCGGGGCUGCCUUGACACCUCCAGAAAUGGGUCCUCUGCCGAGAGGCGAAGGCAAUGCUUUUGUGCCAGUGACUGAGGACAAUCCAGCCAUGCUCAGGAAGGCUGCCCAGAAGGAAUCUGAAGAGGGCGACCAGCCCCUGCUGGUGUCUAGAGCUCAGGAGGCAGCGAGCCGAGGGGAAGCCUGCUCUGCCGAUCUGGGGGCGAAAGAGCCCCCACCCGAAAAGGGGGCAGAAAGCGAUCAAAGUUGCCUGGGAAUGAAGCUGUUGCCACCCAGCAGAUCUUCCCUGCAAUGCGAGGACAGGUCUGGCGACUCAGGGCAAAGCGAGAGGCGAGCCCCAGAAUCUGCGGCUGGAUCUUCCGGGAGACUGAAGAUGCUGAAGGAUGAUUCCUUGCUGGCGCCCAGGGUCAGAAGAGAGGGAGAGAAAAGGUCUGAUGCAGGAAAUCGUCCAGUGACUCUUCUGACUGACCACAGCCGCGGGUCGGACCUGUCUGAUAUCAUGGAGGAAGAGGAGGAGGAGGAAGAAGAGGAAGCGAAUCAGCAGUCUGGCAAGGCAGGAGAAUCAAAAUGGGCUCCAAGUGAAUGCCCUGGCAGAGAAAAUGGAGAGAAGAGCUACAUCUGUAGCAAGUGCAAACUGGUUGCCUUGCUGGAGAAGAAGCUGGACCUUGGCGACACUGACAGCGAUGAAGAGAUCCUGGAACGGAUCCUGGAGAUGCCAUUGCAAAAAAACUGCAGCAAAGCCCUUUUCAGCAUCCCAGAAGUAACGGAAGAAGAAGAGGAGGAGGAAGAUUGGGAUCGUGGCCUGAGCAGGCCAGUUUCACCCCCUCUGGCAAGGAAGUCUUCUGGUGACUUCCGGGAUAGGUCUCCCUACAAAAGAACAGAAGCUCCUCCGCUUCCUGUGGAUGCUCCACCGAAGAGGAACCAGGUUCCGUCAGAGGAGGAAGUCUUGCCGGAUGUCCCCGGGAAGUUCAGGAAAGAGGGUGUGAGUGAAGUGCCAACUUACCCUGGGGGCUGGGAGUGGGAUUGCCCUGAGAUUGCUGUGGAGAGGAAGUCUUCCCAGUGGGGAAGGCCUAGCCGUUGCAGAGAGAAAGGACUCAGUCCAUCCCAGGGAAACAGGAAGAGGAAGGUGGAUAUACAAGAGCGAUCUGCCCGUUCCAUGCUGAGCAAUUCCCACCAAGGCGGAGGAGGAGGCCUCUACAGGGCCCGGAGCCUGAAGGAAAACUUGGACGUGAUCACCAGCCUUGGGGUGGAGGACGAGUCGGAACUGUGCAGCUGGGCGAGGCAGAGACCCCGCCAAAGGAGGACGGUGCCCCUCAAGGCGGCGGGAGAGGAAGAUGGCCCCGGAGGCCUCUCCCGCUGCCUCAGCCCAGAGAGCUUGGAGAUCAACGUCGAGUACGACUCCGACGAGGACAUGACGAUCACAUCCACCCCAGCCAGCCAGCUCAGUUUGGACGGGAGGCCCGACGGAUCCCCCACAGACUGUGAAGAGGGGUGGAGCGACUCCUCCAGUCGCUCGGGGUCGGUCCAGUCCAGCGGGCCGAGGGAGCUGAAGAGGUGCAGCAGUUGGGAAGAGGAGAGUGGGGAAUGGAGCACGUCCCCCAGCCGUUCACCCGGGAGGCUCUGCUGGAGGAGGAGGGUCUUUGAGGGUGCCUCCGAGGAGCGGAGCCGGAGCCUGGAGAGGAGCCCCUCUCUCUGGAGAGGCGGGCUGGAGCGGCCAUGGAAGGAUGUCCUUCCACCGUCACACCCGCGGGUCUAUCUCGUGGUGAUGGAUCAGGGACUAAUUCUGCCAAGGGAUCUCUUCCAGGUGUCGGGCAAUGGCAACCUUGAGCUGCUGAACUCAGCCUCUUGGCAGGUCCCUACCAGGAGAGGCAGGCGUCCCCGAAGGAGGUGUCAAGAUGUAGCAGAACCUCCCGACACAAAUUCCGAUUCUUGGAGAAGCCCUUCUCCUGAACCAAUGGACUCUGGGGGCUCAGCCCGACUCUUUGUGGCCCUCUUUGACUAUGACCCUCCCUCGAUGUCCCCGAACCCCGAUGCAGCCGAGGAAGAGCUCCCCUUUCAGGAGGGACAGAUCUUGAAGGUUUAUGGCCACAAGGAUGCUGACGGAUUCUACAGAGGAAAAUGUGGGGGGAGAACGGGCUAUGUCCCCUGCAACAUGGUCUCUGAGGUCCAGGUGGACAGCGAGGCCACCAGGAAGCAGCUCCUAGAGGAAGGACGGAUCCCUACGGACAUGCUGGUGGAAAGUCUAGAUAACGGUGUGUUUUCCCCGCCUCCUCGUCGCCUUACAGUUCGCCCUCCGAAGCCUCGGCGGUCCAAAAAAGUGGAGCAGGAGAAGCAAGAAGAAAAGAACCCUUGCUUUGAUGCACACGAAGGUCAGGAUCUGAGCUCUGAGGAUGAUGCCCCAAGGACUAUGGUGGCCAUCUUUGACUACAACCCCAAAGAGAGUUCUCCCAACCUGGAUACGGAGGCAGAGCUAAGGUUUUGCGCUGGGGAUAUUGUCACUGUGCUCAGUUCCAUGGACGACGACGGGUUCUAUUACGGGGAGGUGAAUGGGAAGAAGGGCCUUGCACCAUCUAACUUCCUGGAAGCAAUGUCCUUGGAUGGAGAGCUACCUGGGGAGCCAAGCCUUGGCAGGCAGGUAAGGGGGGUGCCUUGCUGGAUUGGGGCCUAGCUGCAAAUGCAGGCUUUGAUCACGGCUUUAGAAUAGUGGUUCCCAAGCACUUUUGGGCCACCACAACCUUAGACCC